GACUUUGUAGGGAUUUUUGUGUUACCAACGUUAUUAUCUUCUAAUGGGAUAAAGUUCAAAGAAAUAACAAUUUUGUGUUGUUGUGAGGUGUUUUUAACGCUUUCAAGACUUAUUUUAAUAUGUCUUUACGCAAGGAAGUGAUUCAACUUUAUAAAACAUUAUUGCAUCUGGGGAAAGAUUACCCGUCUGGUUACGACUUUUUUCGUACGCGCUUACAUAACGCAUUCAUGAAAAAUAAAGAUGAGAAGGAUCCGGAAAAAAUUAAGAAAAUGAUUGCUCAUGGACAGUAUAUAGUGAAGGAGUUGGAAACUUUGUACAUGCUAAAGAAGUAUAGAACUUUAAAGAGAAGAUAUGAUCUGUGAUUUAUGAUAGAUGAAACACACACACAAAGUGGUCAACAGGACGAGUGAUAUGAUUUAUUUAUUUUUUUGUCUACUUAACAAGAGCAAGGUUGCCACAUUUUAUUUAAUUUCACAAUAUAAUAAUAUUAUCAUACUUAUUGUUCUUUAAUAACAUUGAAAAAUUAACUAUACAAUGUAAUAAUAAUGAUAAUAAAGUGCUAUUUUGCUAUGUCUAGAUAA